UGGACAGGCCCCGUCCGGCCUGGGCGCCUCACCCCAGCCAGCUUCUCUCCAGGCGGGAGAGGGGCUGUGAGCCUCAGUUAAACAGUGAAGACCCCGACGGCCUGCAUGGGCAUCCCUCCAACCUUUUGAGGGGAAGCUCACAACAGCCCUCCAUCUUCUCCCCAGAAACCUGCAGCUCCCGACACGCCCCGACCCCAGCCCGUCCACCGGUGGCCUGGAUCSGGAACAGGCAAUCAACUGUCCGCCUCCCCCCUUCCUACCGAGGAAAGUGUGGGUGGGGCCAGGGAGGGGCGGCACUGCCUGCUCCUCCKAUCCACCUUCACUCGCCACCAUGGAGUUCAACCUGGCAACAGCCCUGGACUCUAAUUCCAAGAAGCCAGCGGGGACAGGCCAGGUGAGAGACCCCAGGCACGGUCCCUCCAAGGCUCAGUGCCCGCCAGAGGCGGGGGCACCUCGGAAACCAAGGCAUGGCAAUGGCAGCUCCUCAGACUCCAGCAGCAGCAGCAGCUCCUCCAGCGACUCGGAUGCCGAGGGGAAGUGCCACGCUGCGGGCGCCAAGCAGCACGAAGCCACCCCGGGCCAGGCCAAGAAGCUCAAGGUGAAGAAGAAAAAGGAGGAGAAGAAGGACAAGAAGGAGAAGAAGGACAAGAAGGAGAAGAAGGACAAGAAGGAGAAGGGCAAGAAGUCCCCUCACUGA